ACCACCUUUCCUUUUUGAGAAAUUAUUAUUUUUUUCUUGGGGCAAUGGAGAAAGAUUUCUUUUAUUUAUUUAAAUUUGGUAAUCUGAAAGUCCGAUCACAAUUGGUGGCAAGUGACCCGAAAAAGUCAGUAGCAAGUGGAGCUUUUCUUUUAGAGCAAUCGCCGGCGAAUUUCAAGUUGAAAAACCAUGACCGCAAACCUCCGAUGCGUGGUCGUGGCCGUUGAUGGCAGCGAGGAGAGCAUGAACGCCUUGACCUGGGCCCUUGACAACCUCAAGCUCCGAUCCUCUGCACCCGACUCCACCACCUCCGCCGGUCACUUCGUCGUCCUCCACGUCCAGUCUCCGCCCUCUAUCGCAGCCGGCCUCAGUCCCCCGGCCAUUCCCUUCGGUGGUCCCAGCGAUUUGGAGGUGCCGGCGUUCACGGCGGCGAUCGAGGCGCACCAGAGGCGGAUUACGGAGGUCAUAAUUGAACACGCUUUGAAAAUUUGCUCCGAAAAGAAGGUCAAUGUGAAAACCCAAGUGGUUGUUGGGGAUCCUAAGGAGAAAAUUGGUGAAGCUGUUGAGAAUUUGCAUGCUGAUUUGCUUGUCAUGGGGUCCAGGGCUUUUGGCCCAAUUAAAAGGAUGUUUCUGGGAAGUGUAAGCAACUUCUGUGCGAACCAUGUGCAAUGCCCAGUCCUCAUUGUUAAGGCCCAGACUGUUACCUGAUAAGGAAAGGUGGCUUUGAUCGAUCAGUGCUUUAUCUUCAGACUUGAGUGCAUCUGCCCUCGUGUGAAAGCUCAUCAAGAUCAACUGUAAAUGUGGAAUGUUUCUGCAAUGCUCGACCAAUACGUUGCUGUGUGACCAACUGUUUUGAACCCACUUUUCAAGCCCUGUGAAUAUUUGGAGGAAAUUACAGUAAGAUGUGUAGUCUUCUUCUGCUGGAGAAUGUUAAAUGAGUAGUGUAUAGCGGUAAUAAGGUAGAAGUAAUGAUACGGUUAUGUUACCAAUUGUCCUUGACCAUCUCUCAUUGGCUGUUAUUUUCCUCAUGUCUGCAUUGUGUAUUGAUGAAAUCAUAACCGUCCCUGACCAUCUUUCAUUUUGAUUAUUAUGGCCUAAAAAAGUUGUUUUCCUCGUC